GCACUAAGUGAGCUGAUCAAGGAAGGUGUCCAGCUGAUACCGUACGGGCGCCUGAUAAUGUGCGGGCCGGGCCGCACAGGCAAGAGCAGCUUCCUGCGAUCCCUCCUGCGUCAAGCAUUCAUGUCAAACGUCGAUAGUACCAUCGGUGUGGAGCUGGAGAAGGUGAUAUGCACUAUCGAGAAGCAAGGGUUAAAGUAUGUCUGGAAGCAAGCUGAAGAUUCUUACCAGCAGCAGUUGGCCCUGACGCACAGAGCUGUUGGACAAGAACAAAGGAAGAAAGAGAUAGUAGCAGCACUGAGACAACAAGGUGUGGAGAUCCCAAAGAACACCAGGUCCACAUCCUCCAUGCCAUCAACACCCGUGGCAUCAUCAUCCGCUGUGAUUGCGACUGAGCAAGCAGAUACAGUCAGUGUGUGUGAAUCUGCUGUCAGCCAACAGGAUGAAGCCACCCACACCGGGUACUCUGGUCAAUCAGCUACCAGUUCAUCUGAAACCAUGGACUCUCAGAAUGUUUCCACUGCAUCCAAGCCGGAGGAGGUCUCAACCAUGAGUGUACAACAGGUAGCAACAGCAGAGCAAGAUGUGCAGCAGCUACAGAUGGAAAUCAACUCAGCAACGCAGAAGUUUGAAGGCUUCAUUGAAGAUCUGAAGAAGGGCAAAAGUGAAGUUUUCACUGCAGAGCAUCUGAAGAACCUGACAUUCAUAGAUGUCUGGGACUUUGCUGGUCAGAAGCUGUUUGCAGCGAUCCAACACAUGGUCCUGGCCUGUGAUCGAUGUGCAUAUGCUGUCGUCUUUGAUUCCUCAAAGAAGCUCCAGGACAGAGCGAAGCCGACGUUUGGUGUAGACGGUGAGGAACUGCCGCUUUCCAACAGCCUGGAGCAGACCAACUUUGACGUCAUGGAGACAUGGUUCAACGCUAUCCACGAGGUCAUUGGAGACAGCGACAACGUACCCGUGUUUGCCAUUGGCACACAUGUGGACAAGUUACCAAAGAAGCCAGAAGCAAGGAAGAAGGCAAUUGAAGAGACUGAGCAGUAUAUCUGGGCCAAUGCGGAGGGUAAAGCUUAUGCUAACAACAUCGACAAGGUGGUAUUUGUGGACAACACACGAGCUGGCAAGGAUCCGGAAGACCCAGCAGUUGUUCAACUACGGCAAGACAUCAUCCAGCAGCUGCAGCAUCAGUUCAGCGUUAAAAUUCCACUUCGUUGGCUUCCUCUAACCAUCUCCAUUGGGCACAUUGCAAAAUCAUUCGAACGACCAUGGUUAUCGGUUGACGAGCUACGUCGCUUGGCUAUUGCUGUUGGUAGCAUCUCCAGUGAUGAUCCUGAGUCAGAUUUCCAGAAGAUGGUGAAGUUCCACCAUGGUCUUGGUCAUUUGCUUCACUUUAUUCACAAUGCCCGUCUUCGUGAUCGUGUCAUCAUCGACAUCCACUGGGUUCUGAAAACCAUGUCACUUCUCUUUUGUCCUGAACCGAAGAGUAUGCAGAGCAAGCGUCUUCGUCCACAGUACGACUUGCUGACACAGAAUGGCAUCCUCCUGGAAAGUCUUGCCAUCCACCGCUGGUCGCAGCACAAUCGUAUGACAUCGCGCUACACGGCCACAGAAGAACAGCGUGACUUCCUGUUUGAGAUGGGUGAGCACUUUGCACUGUUCUACAACACCAAGACAACUGUGAAUGUGCCUGGUCAGAGGAAAGAGGUGACGACUCGCAAGUUCUUUGUACCAGCUCUGGUGGAACGAGUUGCACGUGUUCAAGACGAAGUGAGCAAAGGCAAGCCAAGUCCAGCUAUGUACCUGUACAGUGGUGCAGAUCGUUACUUUCCACAAACCCUAUUCUGGUGUGGUGUUGUGAGGUGUAUGCAACGCUAUAGUCCAAAGGUGGAUCCCAUCCUCUAUCACACGUCAGCACGUAUUCUGGUGAAGGAUCGUUUCUGGCUAGUCAUGCAGUAUUUCCAGCAUGGCAUUCGCCUGUCACUGGAGAUUCCUGUCGCAGCUGGCACGACUAAGUCUUCUUCUACCGAUGCUGGUACUCGCGCGGACAAGUCAGUUUGCUCUCCUGGCGUUGGUACUGCAGCAAGCGAGGACGAGUCCGCGGCAGUCAGGAUUUGUCAUGAGCUUCUACCGUACCUGGAGUCGGAGCUCGACAAGCUUAAAGCAUUCUCCCUGACUCAUGUGAAGUUUAGCAGAGCUGUUCGCUGUCCAUGCUCGUUCAGUCGAGAUGCGUGUCGCAAGCACAAGCAGAAGUCUUGUGUAGAGAUCGGCUGUCAGCACUUUGCUCCAUUGGUGGAGGGAUUGCGUCCACGUUGUCCUAGUGGAGCACGUCCAGAAGUGGAUAUCAGUGAUGUACGGCAAUACUGGCCAUGUUUCUCUGAAGACGCGCAGACUUUGGAACGUUCAGAUGGGAAGCUGGAUCAGUCUGACCUUGACCUGGAGCUUGUGACUGGAGAUGCUGCUGCAGAAGCCAAAGGGUUGGCUAAAGUUCAGCAGGUAACCUCGGGCACAGUGGCUCCAAAUACUCGUGGCAUGCGUAAAGUCAUCGAUGAGGCUACUCUUAGCAGCACAAUGACACGCGUACGCCGGAUCCGCAUCGGCCUCAUCGGCCAGUUUGGUAGUGGCAAGACAAGCCUGGCUGACUCGCUAAGGGGUGAAGAAUUUCGUCCAGACAAAUCCAGCACUCCAUUCCUUGAAGUGCAUCAACAUGGCCUGCGGCUGCGUGAUGGCAAACUUCAAGAAUGGGGUUUCUCGACUGCUCAUCUAGAAGUAUCUCGGCUCAUACGCGAUGCGGAGACACCCACAACUGAUCGUAAACGAUGGCAGGAUGAGAAUAGAAGAAAAAGUGAGGAGCGGAAGUCUGAGCAAGAAGCCAAAGGCAAAGUUUCUCAUGAGGGUCGUCCACCUCAUACAUCUGGAAAGCAGCAUCAACCAGAACAUACACAGCUUGCCACUUCUAAACAAGAAUUCGAGGAGGUAAAGGAAAAUGAAGGUGAAGAACCUAAGAGUGCCACUCCAAGGAGUAAUGGACAAGAAAAGCCAAAAGACGAAAUUCUGGAUGAUGGGUCAAAUGAUACCGCCCAAAAGAGUGUUGCACCAGCAAAGUCAACAACAGUCAACAAACCGGAUGAUCCUGAGCUAGUCAGCGCGGGUGAACUCACUCAAGGUGUGAUCAACGAAAUCAUUGCCAACAGUGAGCUGAUGCGGAAUGUGGGAGAUGAAGAGGUGAUCAUGUCCAUGUGGGACUGUGGUGGUCAGUCAAUCUUCUCCAGUCUGCAGCACUUCAUGUUGAGUGAGAGCUUUGUCAUCUAUCUUCUUUGCUUCGACUCCGUUGAAUCCCUGCACUUGAUCAAGCCACAAGCCUUCAGACCUGGAGAAGCUGCUGCCCCUGAGGUUAUCGAUGUGGCAAAAGAACUGGAGAACAUCGACCACAUCCGCCACUGGUUGACAGCAGUUCACUUCGCAAGCACAGCUGACAGCGCAGCAGUCCAGCAAGACCACGUCUCCUAUCCGCCAAUCAUCAUGGUUGGAAACUUUGCUGACAAACUUGACCCAGAUCUGAGCUUGCAGCAACACAAAGACAAGAUCUGGAGCAAUUUGUGCAAGCUUUGCUGCAGAUCACCAGUAUUUGCAGCCAUGCAGCCUACCUCCGACGGUAUAUCAACGUGCGAUGCCAAGUCCUUAUUCCUGGUCAACAACCGGGAGCCGAGUGCAUCACCUGAAGUCCGUCAAAUUCACACGAAAAUCCAGGAAGCCACGUCGAUUGUCCUAAAAGGGAAGGAGAUGCCCAAGUCAUGGGUUCGCUUCGAGUGGAUUCUACAGUAUCUCAACCAGGUGUACAAGGAGAAAGGAUACACUAGUCAUGAAUGGAUGAAGACGAUGGUAGCUGAGGCAUGCAAAAUCCAAGACGAACGCGAGCUGGAGGAGCUACUACUGUUCUACCACAGCAUGCGUGUCAUCAUCUACAAACCGACCAAGAAUCCGCCUCAGCCAGAUGACCUCAUCUUCUACAACGUGCAGUGGCUUAUCAAGCAGAUCAACCGAUUCAUGUUUGGUAAGAAGUACCUGAAGCAUGAAUUUGGCAAAAAAGCGGGUAGCUUCUAUGCAAGCUUCAUGGAAGAAGAGGAGGCGAUAGAUCUUCACAACAACCUCUGGCAGAAAGGCACAGCAAGCAUGCGUCUAGUGAACAUCACUCUGGCCUCCAUCCCACCCGAUAUCCGUACUAAGGUAAUAGGCGUGAUGGUUGACUGGGAUCUGCUCUAUGAACUUGGGAGCAACUCCAAGCGCUAUCUCGUGCCAUCAGCCCUGCACAAGCAGAACCCACAGAAGAUCGAAGCUGCACUGGACAGUUUCAGCAUGGAAGAAGCGAAGAUCGAUAGCAUUCAUUUCUCUACAGCUGAUACACCAUUGCUCAUUGCUGUGGAACCACUGAAGGCCCUACAUGAGGACAGCAUGCUCCCUGCGCCAGCCACGCCGAUGCCACAUAGUUCCUACUUCAAGCUACUAGUGCGUCUCUUCAAGAAGUGGGACAUCAGAAGCAUCAACACCAGCCACUGUGAGCUCACGUACAACACCGCCAGGCUAAGGCUGCCUAAUGAAUACCUCGACUUGGAUGAGUUCAAGGUUGGCCACGUGGAGAUCUUCGUGGCUCACUACGAAUCAUCAGGUGCAUUGCUGGUGAGCCUGAACUUCCAGCAUCCUCUCUGCACAUUUCAACCCGGUCAUAUCAGCACGGCAGACAAGAGGCUUCGCUCGAUAUCAUCCAUCUGCCAACAAGUCUGCAAGGACAUAGUUGCGGAGUUGAAAGAGCUUCCGUUCGUCACGACAUUCUCUGUGCCACUCGCCAAUGACAAUGUCUGUGGAUGCCAACGUGAUGAAUGGUCCGACCACACUACAAGAUGCCGCGAUCUUGGAUAUGCACCGUGGCGCGUCCGUUUUGCUGAGCAGUCUACCGACGUUGCAGCCAGCAGUCACGUCAUGGAAGCUGCUUACCCGGACGGCAAUCCCUGCAUUAAAUGCAAGCAAGAUAUCCAAGUUCCCAACAACUCGCAUUGCUGGUUCAAUGACACGGAGUUCAAGCUGGAAGGGCGGAGUAACAAGGAUGCAGUAGUUGCCAUAUCAGAGCAACAGAAGGUACUGAGCCCUCGAGGAGCAGUUUUGUCAGCUGAGAUUGAUUACAGCGAUGACGUACAGGACUUGGUUGUGUCUCCCAGUAUCAUUGCCUGCAACGCGGCAUUCGCAGUUCAAUCCGGUUCGCUUGUUUCGUCAAAUCAAACAGAAGUACGCUCACCACGUUCCGAGGCUCUGUCCUGUGAUAGCCCAAAUGAUUCUGAUCUCGCGGCGGCAGUGGACAAGCUUGAAGAAAUCUCCCUGGCCUCAGCCGAUGUCCAGGUUGAAUAUGUAGCUCCUGAUGAGAUCCCUGAAUACCGAUAUGUGUCGGAGACUGAUACGGAGCAGAUACCCAUUCGCCGUGAAGGUACAGUGCUUUUCAUGGAAGGAGGAAAAGUUGAGUUUCUUGCCGGGACAGUGAAUGAAACCCUGCACAUAUCACCACCUGUCCACAUGAUGUUCCAAGGCACGCUACCAAGCGAACAUGGUGAUGGAGUUACGCUACAUAGUGUGAUGGCGUUUGGAUCGCAUGAAGCUAAAUUUCGAAGACCAGUGCAGGUGGAAAUUGAUGUACCUCAUAUUGCUGAGACUGAUCAGAUCUAUCUUGUUCAUUUUCCUGGCAAAACGUCAGAGUCAGCUGAAGAUAGUGGUUCUGGUGAAAGUACACAGCUACCCACGUCGCGUAAGUGCUGCACCGUGGUUCAUGUAGGCAACUCAACUUGGACAGUGACCAAGUUACCUGACGGCGAACCUUACGAAAUACCGGCCAAGCAGGUUGACCGGAAUGCCACCUUGGACAGACCUGAAGAAGACGAAUGCCCAUAUUCAGGUAUCACUGUGGACUAUCAACAGAAGAAGAUCUGCUACAGCAAGAAGCACUUCUGCCAUGAUGAAAUUUGGACGAGCAUUUCUGCAAUGAGUGAAGCGGAACGCAAGAGACUCGCAGAUAUGGAUGAUCAGGCGGUGUGCUGGCUUUGGGUUUAUGCGGAGAAAGACGUGGAGACAGACUAUAACUAUGCCUACUUAUCUGUGAUGGUCCGUCCUCGCUGUUGGAAAUUUCGCGAGCCGCUUAAAGUCCCGCCCUUUGAUUGUGAGCCGCUGCGUGACAUGCAUGUUGUAGCGCACGCAUUGGACAAACGCCUGAUAAGCCGCACACGCGAUCAUCUGUCCUACACGUUCUGGAUCAGGAGCGGUCCUGGCUGGGCAGAGCAGCGAAAGGAAAUUGAUAAACAGCAAUGCAACAGCGAAGCAUUUGUUACCUUUCACUCAGAAAGUGCCGCGUCUUGCCGCGCCAGGGUCGGUCCACGUGUUGAUGUCAAGUGCCGUCUGCACCGUAAGUCUGUUCCAGUCGCUCAAAAAGCACUCGGAACGAAUGGACAUUCCCACGCUGCCACAUCUGGAGAGGCUCGAAAGAAAGAGGAGUUUGCCUGCCAGGACCAGACCAUUACUAUUGGAUUUCUUUACAAGAGUAAAGCGGUUUCAAUGCCUGACCAAGGAGCCCCCCGCCUGCCAAUCUCCGAAGCAUCUGCUGCGACGAGACUCUCUAACGGAUGUGCUACUAGUACUAGUCCCGACAUGCUCGACCCUUUCGAAUCGGACAAGUUUGUCACCACGCUUCAGCCAUGGAUUAAGAAGCUGGACGCAACUGGACUUGCAAAGGCAAUACAGGCACUGGGAAUGUUAACAAUGGAUCAGGUGACUCGACUCAAUGAUAUAAAGAAGAAGGACGGAGGACAAGCUCAUAACGCGGAGUUGCUGGAGAUGAUUCUUGGUGAGGAACUCGACGGAUUCGUGAAGCUAUUCAAAGCAAUCAAGGCCGUCACCAAUAACACUGGCAAGGUAGAACUGAUGAAGUCACUCAUUCCUGACGGACACAUGGAGUGUCAGCAGUGAAUACAAUGGCGGACUCACCUAAGCAGCACUGCCGGAGUCGGUUUUCGACAGUGAUGACUUCAGCAUCGCCAUGAAACGCAUUGUGUAUGGAGUGACUGUCCUGGCGGUCCUUCUUUAUGGAUCUGAGAGUUGGACCGUCAGGCAGCGUGAUGUCCGUCGCCUGGAGUCCUUUCACCUGCAGUGUGUGCGCUCCAUCCUGAAGAUAAAUCGUGGCCGGCAGAUCGAGGAGCACAUCUCCUCUCUCCAGGUUCGCGGGAUGUGGGGCGAUAUGGAGGAGAUCGCGGAUAAAGUCAGAGUCCGCCGACUUCGAUGGCUUGGCAACGUGUCCCGCAUGCAAGAUCGGAUCCCUCGUCAGCUACUGUACGGCGCGUUACCCUCCAAACGUCCACCGCAUGGACCCCGUAAGCGCUGGAAGGACCCCGCGAAGUGCGACUUGAUGGCUGUUGGCGUUCCUCUGGAGCAGCUCGGUGACAUCGUCCAAGAUCGACAGGGAUGGUGGGUCACCUGCCGUGACGCUGUCGACGCUAUUGUCCAGCCCCGCAUGGAGCCUGUGGCGAAGCCCCUCAUUUGUGGCACUUGUGCGCGCAGUUUUCGUCGGCCACAGGAUAUUGCGAGGCACAAGUGUAACGCUGUUCGCGCUGCCCGCACGCGCUGAGUAUGUUGUUCCCCGCCCGGUGGACUACACGUCUCCUGGUCUGCCCCGUAUGGGGCCCGUGACAUAGCCAGUCAUGGCAGUGGAAGAAGGAAGGAAGGUGUGUGUACGUGCACACACGCAUAUUAAGUGUGUGUGUGUGCGUGUGUAUGUGUAUGUGUGCGUGUGUGUAUGCGUGUGUGUGUGUGUGUGUGUGUGUGUGUGUGUGUGUGUGUGUGUGUGUGUGUGUGUGUGUGUGUGUGUGUGUGUGUGUGCGUAUGUGUGUAUGUGUGUAUGUUUGCCCGGCCCGCGCCUGUGCACGCAUGUUUAGUAAGAGAGAGGCUAGCUUUCCCCAGCUGUUUUGAGCUCCGUUUUUUUCUUUUUUUAAAGAUCACAACACGUUGGAGGAUGAAUGUGCUCCCCUUCCACCCCCCCCCCCCCCACCCCACACACGCACUAUGGUCCCUAAAUUCCUGGCAGAUUUGUAUUUUUUCUAAUGCUUUCUCCUCGAUACCAGACAUUGUCUUGUACGCUAAAGAAUUACUACUUCAUGUAGUACUAGUACUAGUAAUGACCGGCAGACUCAGUGCCCAGACCUUA